UGAAAACAAGGAAGAUCCAUGUUAGAAAACCCUAAUCAGACAACACCCCGCUGUUAUCUCUUCUAAAGACUUAAUUUAGGAAAUAGCAGCGGUGCUACAUCAGACCUGGUGUCAUAUUUUACUUUACUUUGACACUGACAGCCUCUGAGUGAUGGCUACAGGGUCGCCGUUGCUUCUGUAGCCGAGCUCAUUGAAACACGGACAACAAACUGUUAGCAAGCAGCUGAGAUAAGGUGGAGAAGAUGCCCGCUCGUAACCUUGUGUCCAACGGGAUCCCUCACAGCAAAGUUAGGUACUCCAGGUUAGCCUCUGACGAUGACGGCUACAUUGACUUACAGUUCAAAAGGAGCCCACCUAAAGUCCCAUACAAAGCCAUUGCACUAGCCACAGUCCUCUUCCUAAUUGGCUCUCUGUUAAUCAUCAUCGGCGCCCUUCUCCUGGCUGGAUACUUUGGAGUCACUCACUCAGACCGAACCGUGCCCGUCCUUAUCAUCGGGAUCCUUGUCUUCCUGCCUGGUAUUUACCACCUACGGAUAGCUUAUUAUGCAUCAAAGGGAUACCCAGGGUACUCCUAUGAUGAUAUCCCAGACUUUGAUGACUGACCAGCACCGCAGCUUCAGCCAGAGUCUUGCUGUGCUUACAUGCACUCAUAUACAGUAUUGCUUUCGCCGAACUUAAGGUAGUGAUACCUUUUAAACAAAAUGAUGUCUAAUCAUUGCUGUAAAAAAAGUUAUUGUGAUAGAUUUUUAUGCUUCUGUAGUUAAUGCCAGUCUGUUGUAAUGAAGCCAUAUCAGUAUCAGAUAUUGUUUGAUUUGUACAUUUAAUUUUAUAGCUUGAUUAAUUAAUAAAACUAUGAUUUGAUGA